AUGGCGGCGGAGAAGCUGGCCCCGGCGAAGGUGCUCUACUGCGGCGUGUGCGGCCUCCCCGCGGAGUACUGCGAGUUCGGCCCCGACUUCGAGCGCUGCAAGCCGUGGCUCCGCGCCCACGCGCCCGGCGUCUACCCCGACGAGCUCGUGGCCUCCUCCUCCGGCGGCGAUGAUAAGGACGUCGGCAAGGUCGGCGAGCGCCUCCAGGGCGUCAGCAUCUCCACCGCCGACGGCUCCACAAGCGCAGGGGGUGCUUCGGCAUCUUCUAAGACUGAAGAGGUGAAACGACUGCCCGGUGGCAAGCUCAAGAAAAAGGACAAGCAAGAGGUUAUUAUUGAGAAGAUUGUCCGCAACAAGCGCAAGUGUGUCACUGUGGUGAAAGGCCUGGAUUUGUUUGGUGUAAAGCUGAGUGAUGCUUCAAAGAAGCUUGGAAAGAAGUUUGCUACUGGAGCUUCGGUUGUCAAGGGCCCAACUGAGAAGGAGCAAAUCGAUGUCCAAGGAGACAUAUCAUAUGAUGUUGUGGACUUCAUUACAGCUACAUGGCCUGAUGUUCCUGAAUCCGCCGUAUAUUUCAUAGAAGAUGGAAGGAAGGUUGCUGCUGCUUGA